CUUUACCCUUAGCAACUAUACUACACUAAUAUAUAUAUAUUAGUAAUAGUAAAGAUAAUCAUAUACUCCCUUUUCUUCUUCGUCUUCUACUUCUUCAUUAAAUGGUUAUAUUCAAAUUAAUUCAAAAAGAAUAUAAUCAUGAUGCACAAAUUAUAUUUAUAUGGAAAUUACAAAAACUUACUCAUAUAUUAGAAUAUGAGGAUAUUUUAAAGAAACUACAUGAAUUAAAUAAUUUCAAAUAUGAAGAUUAUAUCAUUCAAUGGAAUUAUAAUCAUAAUCUGUAUCAAAUUACAAAUACAGAAGAUUUAAAAAAUGCACUCAAACAAUUAUAUCGUAAAUAUAUCAAAGAUCGAUGUAUCCGAUUUCAUAUUACACCAUUAUCAUAUUAUCAUGAAUAUGGACCACCGCCACCGUAUGAAAUUACUUCUUCUUCUUCAUUAUUAUAGUUUGUGAAUAAUUCUAUAUAUAAAUAAAAAAAGAAAAUUAAAUCAUACAUAAA